CCCGGCCGACGUUACGCUAACUCGUCGUCCACAAUUGCGUGGGAUUAUUGUCACUUCCGGGCGUAACUGUUAAGUGAGUAACGCAAGAGAGAUGACGCGACUCGCAAUCGUGCUGCUCGGUUUGGCGAGCCUGGCCACGGCCAAACCCAGCUUCCUGUCCAUACCUUUGACGUACGUGACACCCCUGUCACCCGGCACGCAAGUCGGCACCAACGGCGGAGGAUUGUUGGACGUUCCGGAAGUCGCGGCGGCGCGCAUCGCCGAGAGGACGGGGUUGGCGAACGGGGCCGCAAGAUCGACCAUUGACGGAUCUCACUCGCCGCGAGGACGACCGUCGCUCGCUCGCGAUGGUGCGCCGUCGAUUUUAACGUCCUACGCGCCCCUCGGCGCCGACGGCAGGGUCGUGGACACGCCGGAAGUCGCGGCCGCGAAGGCGGCUCACGCGGUCGCGCACGUCAACGAGAGGAUCAACCUGGCGAACGAGAUCGCGAGGUCCGGCGGCGGCGGCGGCGGUGCACUGGAUUCGUCCGACGUCGCCGACGGCGAGCCCGACGGCAGAGCUCUGGACGCACCGGAAGUCGCGCGUGCCGACGGGAAGACCGAUCCGAUGGCGAACGAGGCUUCGAGGUCCGACGAUGCCCGCCCGCGCGUCGUAAACGGUCGAGUGGUGCCGUUGGUGAUCGGCACCAACGGCGUCGUCGCCGCUCUGGUGCCCGUUGGUCCCGACGGCGGACCGGAAGUGGCUGGCGACCAAAAUCUGGCGAACGACGUGAGAUCCGUCGACGCUCUGGCGGUCGCCGGACCGACGCUCGCUUACGGCAGAUUGGUCUACUGAAAAAGGUUUUACCGGAUGCGCUCUUGAAGAAAAUACAGUUUGCUUUAUACGCAUAUAAUAUCUUGUAUUAUAUAACUGCGGAAUUUCAAAUGAUAGUCGUAAAACUACUCGUAAAUCCAUUAUAGAGAUCAAAGGGUUAUUUCGAUGAAAAAUGAAAAACUCAAUAAGACAGGAACGCGGGAACACUUAAAGAUCAAUAUUCAUAGUCGGUUCUUAUAUUAAAGAUCGUCUUAAGCACAAUCUUGAGAUGUCAUAAGCCAAUCACAGAAUUAUCCGUAUUAUCAUCUUAAGACAUAACUGAAGACGAUCUUGAAAUGAGAAUCAAUUAUGAAUACCUUAAUUAUCUGUUUUUUGCUUGUAAAACUAUUAUUUUCAAUCCAAAUUCUUAUAUAUGUAUUCUGUACUAAAUAUACAAAAAUAAAUACACGUAUCGCUCAUUUACUACACAACGACGUACUCAAACAACAAAGUUUUCCGGAAAAUGAGUUUCGUUUUGCAUUAUUGAAUUUUAUAAUAUUAAUUUUGAAAUGCAACUUUAGUGUAACAACCGAUUGUAGAGAAAUAAAAGUAUGUUCUCUCUUUUUUUUUCUUUAUAUUUCCAUUCUUCUUCUGCAAGCAAUUAAAAAAAUGACAAUUUUUUGAAACAUGUCUUUGUAGCGAUAUAUGCACACACGUAAGGUCAAUAUAUCGUUAAAGGAAUAAAAUUAUUACCUUACAUAAA